AUGAAGCAGAUGCGAUCAAUGGAUCAUGGAUCUAUGAUGCGAGCCUUGUCCGCGGAGCCACCCCAGCAAUUGCGACGUUGCAAGAAGCCGUUUCAGUAUCACUCUGGUAAUUGCGGGCCACUCGACUUUGUUGAGCAACUCCGUGCCUACGCGGACCGCAAGAGUCCAUCCGGCCCACAAGCUCAGAAACAAAUCCACCUACCAUCUGCAACCAGCGCGGUAGCCUCUCAGAACGAGCCAGCAGACCCUCCUGGUGUACCUGCUGCUCCCCCGCAGACAACCGAUCAUGAAAUGGACGCCCUCUUCGCAGCCUACAUUGAGUAUCCAGAGAUCCCGACCGAGAAUACUCGUCCCGAGUCAAGCAAGCGUUCCCAAACUUUGCGUGAGCCUUCGAAGCGCCGCCGCACAACUGACGGUCCCCAACACACCAAGUCCUCGCUCCUUCCCCUCGAGCGCGUUCCCGAUAAGUGCCGCAUCCACAACAUCCUUCUUCGCCUGCCUCUACGUAUCACGAGCAUCAAAGCAGCCAUGCUGAAGCUCGACAUGCGGACGAAUUGCAUCGAGUGGGGAUACCCUCUCGAUGCAUCUCCGUAUGACGGUCUCGGGAUGAGCAUCACGGAUGUCUUGCUGAGGGCGUAUGUAUUACGGAUUGAUGGCAUGCUGGAGAGCUUCGAGACCGGGCUGGAUAGGGAGGACGUGCUUCGAGCAAUGGAGUCGGGUAUUAGGCGGGCGUUUAGCGAGAGGGUAGAUGGCGAUGAUGACGUGGGACAGAUGGAGGGCUGGAUCGGAGAGGGUAUCGGAAGUACUGAAGCAGGCAUGGACUUCUGUGAUGGAGAGUUUGGAGCUGUUCUCCCCGAACGUAGCUCUGUGUCUGCCUCGGAGUUGACGAUCACGCAUCCCAUGUGUUCUGACCGCGAUGACGACGGCGACUUCGGGGACGGCUUGGACGACGAAAGUCUCAUGGAUUUCUGA